CUGAAGAUUACGUGGCUCCAUAUCUGUUGCCAUGGAUGAACUUCAGGAUGUUCAGCUGACAGAGAUCAAACCCCUCUUGAAUGAUAAGACUCCCAAACCUGCAAGUACAUGCAGAUGAUCCCUGGGGCUGACAGAUGCUAUCCAGUAGCCACCGAGGGGGAAGUCCCACGAGGGUCAAUGACCCCUGGAUUGGGCAAACCUGAAAACUGGGGAGUCACCAAAGUCUGCCAAGGACAGAUAAAAAGCAGUGAAAAGUGACCCUCAGUGCCGCCCUCUUCAUCUCCAACUUGACCAGCACCCGACCUGUCCAGCCAGAAGGACCAGCCGGCGACCCCCUUCUGGAGAAUAACACCACACUGGAAGAAGCCUCAACUGGCCAUCGAUGGCAGACUCCAGCGCCUGUGGGAUAGAAUGCUUCCAGAAACUUUCAGGACUUUAACUGUCAGUAAUGCCAACUGUUGGGAAAACAUAACAAGACUCAGGAUUUCUAAGUCGAAAUAAUUCCAACUCAUGAUCUCCCGAUUGAACCCUCAGAUCUCUGGAUUUUCCCAGCUGUUCAGGCUUUUGUAUGUCAAAGAAUCACAAUAAAGGCAGCUAUGACUGAGAAUCCAGCUGGGUUGCAGAGUUUCCCCCCAGGCCAAAUACCUCUGUUGUUCUGAAGUCCUCAGGAAAUUAUUGGAAUUUCAGCUUAAUCUCCUUCAGAGUAUGCUCCUUCUGCAGCCACACACUUCUCCCAGCGUUUCUGCCAUUGUUGGAAGCACCUCUGAUAAGCAGUUUGUGGAAUUGCUAAAAGCUGCUCAGUCACGUUUUGUUUUAUGGUUUCUACAUUACAAAAUCUUCUUUCUUUCAAGAUUUUCUUUAGGCGAGGGAAGAGAAAAAAAGUCGUCCCACAAGUGCUUCAGCCUCUAUAUUCACCUGAUAUGAUCCCAUGCAACCCUCAACUAAAGAAAACUUUGAAAGGACUGACAUUUGCCACCAGAAGUCUUUCUUUCCCUUGCUCCCCACACUCCCCCCCAAAGACUCCUUUUGGGAGUGGGGGGGUUGCCAUCUUAGAACCAGGGGAAAAAAAACAAAUCAUAAUAGUGUACUGCAGUUGGAUAAACGACCAACGCACGGGUUCAGCAAACCAAGGUUUAUUGCAUAGUAUAUGUAUAACUGAGGCAAACUUAACAGUUUAUAUAAAAAUAACUCUUACUCAUUCACACCAUCUACACUAAGUCACCUAUCCACAGCACUUGGAGUCACGCUGCGGUGGCCAGUUGCAGGCUUCUUCAAGGCAGUGUUCAGUCGAGGGGUGCCGGCUUCAAUUCUCUCGACAUGCAGAUAGGCUGAUGAUGUUGGUUAAGGCAUCCAUCUGGGCUUGGCCUUCACUGCCCUUUUAUCUUCAAUGAGGCAGACUUCAAUCAAUGCCCAGAGACUUCUCCACCAGUCACCACUCAAUUCUUUACAUGUGCUCAUCUUUUGGACUCUGUUACUGGUUACGUGUUGUCUUUACAUUCCAGUCCAUUUUUCAGUUCUUAUUCGUAUCAUCUCUACAUUCCCGGACUACCACCUGCACUUCAUCCUGACAGUUAUCUUUUUUUACUCCAAAUAUUUCAUACCAGUCUGUCUAAUACCUGCUGAAAUUAUCCAGCUAUCAAUCACACACCCAAAGCACACACACAUACACACACACACAUCCUUAUUGCUUGUUUUUUUUAUAAAAUGGAAGUACAUUUUAAAAUGGCAGCUUAGCAUAAGUAUACCAUAGUACAGAUAUAAUAUAUUCUAAAACAUAUUCUAACAUAUUUCCCCCACUUGAUACCCAGUUUAUUAGGGUAUCACUCUAAAGCAUGUGUUGCCACUGUUUAGCCUCUACAAUUUUUAUAUUCAGUUUAUACAUUGCACACAUUAUCUUGCAAUAUAAGGCUAAGGUUAUUAUAAACAACACACCAACAAUACAAAUCAACACAAUUAUUAGAUGCAACAUUGUAUUUAAUACUCCAGUGGCUCUUGGUGACCAUCCUAGCAAGCUUUCCCACCAACUCUGAUGGGCCACAUUCUCGACUUCCGUUAAAACUUUAGUUAUGCAUUUAGAAUUGGUUUGCACAGUGACAUAGGUCUUCCUGGCCUUCUCUUUUAAAUUUUCCACAGCUUGUAUCAAUUCAGGGUGUUGGACCAUAGUCAGAGAGCUUCAGACAAAACCCUUAGACUAACAGACUAACUCCUUGACUCCCCUUGUGAGGUCUACUCCCUUUUGGGGUCUCUGGUGCACCAGCUGGAGGAGCUCCGGGCCACAGUCCAGAGACUGCAUGCCAUCAGGGAUGGUGAGCGGGAGAUCGACUCCUACUACCAGGCCCUUCACCCCCUGGAGGUGGAGGGUAGACCACAGUUGCCUUCUAGGACAAGGGAGGACUCAGGGACCUCCCAUGCUGUCCAGCGAAGGGGUUGGACCAAGGUGGCCAAGGGCCCCCAAGGCCUGCCACACCAAGGUCCCCACCCUGCUGGAGCUUUGCAACAGGUACAAACCUCUUGCAGCCCCAGUACAGCCUGCUAAGCUGCCAGCUCCAGUAAACAGCACAGGCUCAACUAUAGCUACCGCCCCCACUCUCCCUAAGACAAAGCGCAAAGUGUUUGUUGUGAGAGACUCCAUCCUGAGUGGGCAAUCUGCCGCUCUGACCCCUUAGUCCAGGAAGUCUGCUGCUUCCCAGGAACUUGUAUCUGAGACAUUGCAGAGAUCCUUAAACUCCUCCAGCCCUCUGACCACUAACCUAUGCUCCUUAUCCAUGUGGGCACAAAUGACACAGCUCGGAGCAAUCCCAGCUGGGUCUGGAAGCGCUACAGGGAUUUGGGAGUGGGGCUAAAGGGUUUGGGGGCGCUAGUGGUAUUUUCUUCGAUCCUCCCAGUCUCAGGCUACGGGCUAAGGAGGGAAAGGAGGAUUGAGGUAGUAAACCAAAGACUACGGGGCUGGUGUCAUCAGGAAGGCUUCGGCUUCCAUGACCACAGUCCUCUCUUUGGUGAGAGAGGCAGCGAGCUGCUGGGAAGGGACGGCCUCCACCUCUCUUCGUUGUGGAGGAGGCUCUGCUCAGCCAGACUGGCUGACCUGCUCCACCGGGCUUUAAACUAAGCCCGCUGGAGGAUGGGGGGACUAGCGCCACUGCUGGCCUGCUGAGCAACCCUUGCAAAGCCAGCAGGUCAAGGCAGUUAGGGGAACCCACCCCUACCCCAGCCCUGGAAUGAGCUGUGGGCAAGGUAAGGGCCCCUAAAGAGACACUUGCCUGCCUGCACACAAAUGCCAGGAGCUUGGGGAACUUGUCCUCCUGCUUACCACAAAUAAUUACGAUGUCAUAGGGAUAACAGAGGCCUGGUGGGACUCCACCCAUGACUGGACCACAGGUGUAGACAGCUAUACCCUGUACAGGAGGGAUCGAGUGGACAAAAGGGGCAGGGGGGUAGCUCUCUAUGUCAAGGAAAGCUACACGUCCCUGCAGGCUGACAUUGGUGUCCAGGGUGGACAGUUGGAGACCCUCUGGGUUAAAAUCCAUGGGGAACACAGCACAGGGGACACAAUGGUGGGAGUGUAUUACAGACCUCCUACCCAGGAUCAAGAGCUUGACCAGGAGUUCGCUAGGGAAUUGACUGAAGCUGCGCGCUCCCGGUGCAUGGUUGUCACUGGAGACUUCAGCGACCCUGACAUCUUGUGGGAAGAGUGGUCAACCAAAUCAGAGCGGUCACAAAGCUUUCUCUCAUGCGUGGAUGAGCUCUACCUGAUGCAAGAAUUCGAUGGGCCAACGAGAUAAAGCACUGCUUGAUCUGGUACUGGCUACAGGGGAUGACCUAAUCAGUGACCUAACGAUCGAAGGGAAGCUGGGUGACAGUGACCAUGAGCUGAUCACCUUCACCAUCCGCCGUAAAGCUGGCAAGUUAGUUAGCAAUACAGAAGUCUGUCAGCUUUCCUGAAAUUGAAGACAAGCUCAGGAGGCUUGUAGGUGAGGCCCUAAGGGACCAUGACCCAAAGGGGAGGGGAGUUCAGGAUGAGUGGUUGCUCCUCAAGGGAGCAAUCCUGGGUGCACAAGCAAAGCCUAUUCCAUCUCGGAGGAAAGGCAGCAAAAGGGCACAGCAGCCCCCUUGGCUCUCCAGGGAACUAGUGGACCUCCUGCGUCUAAAAAGAAAGACCUACAAAGGAUGAAGGACCGGAUCCACCUCCAAGGAGGAAUAUUCUGCACUGGUCCGGACCUGCAGGGAGCAAACCAGGGAAGCCAAGGUUGUGACUGAACUCCAACUAGCUACAAGUAUCAAGGACAAUAAAAAGUCCUUUUUUGGAUACGUGGGGAGCUGGAGGAAAAGCAAGGGCAACAUCAGACCCCCGCUAGACCAGAUGGGACAACUGACGACCGAUGCCCAGGAAAAAGUCAACUUGCUAAAUGGGUACUUUGCAUUAGUUUUUCACCAGUCCCAAGGGGCGCCCCUGCCCAUUACAAGACAGGAACACCUGGGUGAGGAUGAUUCCUUACCCUCCAUCAAUGCUGACCUUGUGAAGGAACACUGUGAGAGGCCGGGCACCUUCAAGUCAGCUGGCCCUGACAGCUUACACCCCAGGGUACUCAAGGAGCUGGCAAGCAUCAUAGGUCAGCCACUAGCACGGAUCUUCGAGAACUCCUGGCGUUCUGGUGAAGUGCCCAAUGACUGGAAGAAGGCCAAUGUGGUGCCUGUCUUCACGAAGGGGAGGAAAAUAGAUCUGGCGGACUACAGGCCCAUCAGCCUGACCUCUAUCCCAGGGAAGAUCUUAGAAAACAUUAUCAAAGAGACCAUUCUUAACAGACUGGCCGAUGGCAACAUCCUGAGGGAUAGCCAGCACGGGUUUGUUGCGGGUAGGUCUUGCUUGAUGAAUCUUAUUUCCUUUUAUGACCAAGUGACCUAUCACCUGGACAAGGGAGAAGAGAUUGAUGUCAUAUAUCUUGACUUUAAAAAAGCCUUCAACCUGGUAUCCCAUGAUCGACUCUUGGAGAAACUGGCCAACUGGCCUUGGCUUCCCCAUGAUCCACUGGCUGGGGAAUUGGCUCCAUGGUUGGACCCAGAGGGUGGUGGUUGACGGAAGUCAAUUGUCGUGCUCUGUGACCAGUGGGGUCCUUCAAGGCUCUGUCCUUGGGCCAACACUAUUCAGCAUCUUCAUUAAUGAUAUGGACAUUGUUAUCAGAAGCGGACUAGCCAAGUUCACCAAUGACACCAAACUCUGGGGUAAAGCGUCCACACCUGAGGAUAGGAGGGCAAUCCAGGCUGACUUUGACAGGCUCAGGAAAUGGGCAGACAAGAACCUGAUGGUGUUUAACACUGAAAAAUGCAAGGUUCUCCACCUUGGGAAGAAAAACCUUCAGCAUCCUUAUAGGCUCAGCAGUGCUACGCUGGCUAGCACUAUGGACGAAAAGUACUUGGGGGUCAUGAUUGACCACAAGAUGAACAUGAGCCUUCAAUGUGAUGCUGCAGCUAGUAAAGUGAGCAAAACGCUGGCUUGCAUCCAUAGAUGUUUCUCAAGCAAAUCCCGAGACAUCAUUCUCCCAUUGUACUUGGCCUUGGUGAGGCCACAGCUGGAGUACUGCGUCCAGUUUUGGGCUCCACAAUUCAAAAACGAUGUGGAGAAGCUUGAGAGAGUCCAGAAGAGAGCCACACGCAUGAUCAGAGGUCAGGAAAACAGACCUUAUGAUGAGAGGCUGAGAGCUGUGGGACUCUUUAGCCUGGAAAAGCGCAGGCUCAGGGGUGAUCUGGUGGCUGCUCACCAGAAUUUGGGGGAACGUCUGUUCACCAGAGUGCCCCAUGGGAUGACAAGGUCAAAGAGUCACAAACUCGUCCAGGACCAUUUCAGUCUGGUGGACAUAAGGAAGAACUUCUUUAUAGUCCGAGCCCCCAAGGUCUGGAAUAGACUGCCUCCAGAGGUGGUUCAAGCACCUACUUUGAACACCUUCAAGAGAAAUUUGGAUGUUUAUCUGGCUGGGAUCCUAUGACUCCUGCUGACUUCCUGCCCUUGGGGCAGGGGGCUGGACUCGAUGAUAUUCCAAGGUCCCUUCCAGCCCUAGUAUCAAUGAAAUCUAUGAAACAGGUCUCAAAUCUGAUUUUUCAUAUACAUCAUAGCCAACGGUAAAACCCUGUGUUGUUAUUUUCUUUAAUAAUAUACAGCCCUACAAAGGGCUGUAUAUAAGCACAAGGUUGGAAGCCAGAUUGCAAAAGAAAUGAAAAACUGGAAAAAAUUUCUCCCUGCUUUUCUGAUCUAGAACAGUAACGACAAUUUCUCCAGUUGGUUUCCCCAGCCAAUGAUCCUACUAGGUGCCAUCAUAUCAUUCUACCUCUCUCCAGAUAAUGGACAAGAUCAGAAAAUUGUUCCUUAGGAAUAAGGGCUUCCUAGACCAUGGAUGGCCAACCUGUGGUACACAUGCCACAAGUGGCAUGUGCCCAUUCUCUGACCACCCAAGGUGUGGCACACAUCAGAGCGGGGAGGGGACAGGCAACAUAGCAACAGAAAGGACAGGAAUCAAAAAGCAGAUCAGUCGGGAGCACAGGCCGAAAAGGAGAGCAUGAGGAUGGGCAAGAGAAUCUUGGGGUUGGGCUCGGUAUAAAUGUUUGGGAUAAAUAUUUCUCUUCAAAAAAGGUAAACUAGUUUAUUUCCAGUUCCUGUUUGUCGAUGAGAGGUGCUGUAAGGCCUCGGUCCUCAAUGUGGUGAUGUCUUCCCUAUGUGUGGUUGGGCUAAGGAGGCGCUAUUGUUACCUCAUUUAGUCACUCUCCUAUGUUGCCUUUUUUUCUACCAUGACUUUGGUGUUCCUUUUUUUUUCUUUUGCUUGGGAGUUGGUUUCCCAGGGAGAUGAUCUCAGACUUCCUGGCAAAACCUCUCUGUGGGGCUCCUCUUCCCCUAUACCCCAUCUACACCUCCCCUACACCCCAUCUACACCAUGGCUUCUUAAUUCCCGCCUGGUUCCACUCUGCCCUGACACACUGAGUCUCACUCGCUGGGCCACGGAGGCUCCAGGGGGAGGACAGCAGGGUGGGGAGCCCUGAGCCCACAGUGGGCAGCCCACACCACCCCCACCCCCCCUCACCCCCCAUCCCACAGGCUUCACUCCUGCCAUGCUACCCAUAGGGGAAGGGAAGCCUGGCUCCAUGCUCUACUCUGCCACAGCAGCCACCACCUCCCAUGGGUGGCAGCUGGGUCUCAGGCACUGCUCUUGGGGACAGGGUGCUGCAGACCCUGGUCCCUGGCCCUAUAGCCCUGGAAGCUGUAGGUCCCCUCUGGGAGGGCUGGAGGUGUUGGGGAGCUGUGGGUGGGGAGGGAGGGGCACCACCAGGGUCCAGGGAACCAUGGGUAGUGAAUGAGUGGCACUAGCAGGGCUGGGGGGGGCUGUGGGUGGGGAGUGUGGGGCAUCAGUGGCAGGGGGGAGCUUUGGAUAGCGAGUGAGGGGCACCAGCAGGGCCAGGGGGCUGUGGAUGGGGAGUGAAGAGCACCAGCAGGGUCCAGGGGACCAUGGGUGGCAAGUGAGGGACACCAGCAGGUCCUAGGGGACUGUAGGUAGAGAGUGACGGGCACUGGCAGGGCUGGGAGUCUGUGACUGGGGAGUGAGGGGCACCAGCAGGAGUGGGGGGCUGUGGUUGGGGAGUGAGAGGCAAUGGCAUAGGCAGGUACUGGCAUAUCAGGGCUGCUAAGCACCACAAGAAGUGGGGAGGGGACAGCUGCAGCUGGACCUGCAUCCUGGUGUGUGAAGGGGACAGGGGGAGCUCUGAUUUUCCAUGAUUAAAAACCCAAAAUCAAAUGCCAAAAUAUAUAGGAAAUUACAGUUUAUUUUAUUAUAGUGAUUGAGGUACUGGCAGGCUUCCACAUUGCUUUAAAAUUGUAAAUAUAUCAACAAAACAUUGUGUUCAGCUAAUACCUAUAUAUGUAGUAGUGUUUCAUUUUAAUCAUGGAAAAAUGAGGUGGGGGGGUUAAUUAGAUAAUUUGCUGGGUUUUUAUCAGAUAAUAUGCUAUUUUUAAACAGAGAAAACUAGGAUCCCUGCUGAUCACCUUGUUCUCCUCUAGGUGCCUCACAAUAGAUUCUUUCAGGUUCUGCUCCAUGGUCUGUCCAGGCAUCAAGGUCAGAUUGACUAUUCUGUAAUUCCUCGGAUUUUCUUUCUUUUUCUGAAAAAUGGGCACAAUAUUUGCCCUUGUCCAAUCAUCUGGGACCUCACCAGAGCUCCGCAAGUUCUCAAAGAGGAUAGCCAAUGGCUCUGUAAUUAUCUCAGCCAAUUCCUUCAGCCCCCUAGAGUAUAUCCCAUUCAGCCCUGCCCUGUUAAAAGCAUCUAGUUUCUGCAAAUAGUCCUUAACCUGUUCUUCCACAAAUUUAGGCUGUCUCCUUCCUUAUCAUUAAUGACUACAAUUUUGCUUUUUAUCUGGUAGCUGACUCUAUUCUUGAAGUCUGAAGUUAAAAAAAGCAUUUAAAACCUCAGCUUUGUCUGCAUCAUCCAUAACUAGGUUGCCUCCUGUAUUCAGUAAGGGACAUACACUUUCUUUGAUCUUUCUCUUACUUGUGACAUAGAACCCCUUUUUCAUUCCUUGCCAGUUGCAUCUUAAAUCAUGUCUUGGCCUUCCUGAUUUUUCUCCCUAAAUGCCCAUGUGAUACUCUUAUACUCAUCCCUAGUACAGGCAGUCCUCGCACUGAUAGUGGGUUACGUUCCUGGAAAAGGCACUGUAAAUUGAAAUGAUGCAAGUCUAAUCUGAUUUUCCCAUAGAAAUAAUGUUAUAAUAGGGAGUUACAUUCCUGACCAAGGGCCUGAUUUCCAACUUUUUAUAGAAAUGACCAUAAACACUAUAUUUAAAUCAACUAUUUAAUCAACUAUAAAUGAUAUACACUGUACAGUACAAAGCAUUCUAAAGUGUACUGUAUAUAAAUCGAUUAAACAGGGUAAUACAGUAACUAAUCACAUAAAAUUUGAUUUAAUCAGAAGUUGAAGGAAUACCUUCAUCAGGGUCAUGGAAUUCAGAAGGGCUUCUUUGGGGAGAUUUUUGGGGAGACCUAGGGCUACUUGAUGGCUUUUUGAGAAACUGAUCCAGGGAUGUUUGUUUUGCUGCUCUAUUUUUCUCACUGUAAAUUGCCCUGUAGUGCCAUAAGUUCGAGAAUCCAGUGCCAUAAGUAAUAACAUGGGUGUAAAUGGCGGAGCGCCGUAAGUCGAAAUGCCGCAAGUCAAAACUGCCUGUAAUAUGACCAAGUUUCCACUUUCUUUAGAAUUUCUUUUUGAGUUUCAACUCACUGAAGAGUUUGCUGGUUAGCCAGGCUGGUCUCCUGUUGCACCUUCCAUUCUUCCAUUGCAUCAGGGUAAUUCCCGUGCCCUUAGUACAGCCUCCUUAAAGUAUGGCUACCUCUUCUGAACUCUUUUCCCCCCUCAGACUUGCCUCCCAGGGGACUCUGUCCCCCUAGUGCUGAAGUUUGUUAGUCUGCUUUUUUGAAAUCCAGUCCAUCCCUUAGGAUCUUGAACUCUGUCAUUUUGUCAUCAUUAUCACACCCUAGUCAAUCUUCCAGGAAUCUCCAUUGUUCUUCACUCCCCCUCUUCCUGCCCCCAACUGCUGCAGCUGGGCACUCAAAACUCUGCUGUCCCUUUUUCUUUCAUUUUGUUCGCACUUUUUUAUCAAAGAACUGCCUUACAUUGCUUGUUCAAUAAAAACAACCUUUCUAACAACCAGUUGUAUUCUUACUC